CGCACUGAUCCUCGGUGGAAAGCUCCUCCCACUGUGCAGUAAGGGCAGGCCCGCGGAGAGCUCAGAGGUGGAGUGAUCUGGUGUGGGUCUCAUUUUCCUAUGCGUUUACUUGGUAUCCAGCACAACGCAUACAUUAGUUCAUGCAGCUUUUGCGCAGUAGACAAACGUGGAAACUAUGACCUCUUUUUAAUUAUGUUUAAAUGCAAUUGUAUUUUUUUUUUUUUUUAAUUUUCAAUACUUGUCCAAAAAGUUGUUAUUGCUAUGUAAGCGAGCAAACAAUGGCAUCUUGGCGCCAUCUGCAGGAAGAAUGAGCAUACUACACGUCUGUUGUAGCCUCAUAUAAUGCAGGCGUAAUGCAUUUAAUAUGAGAAUGGAUCCCAAGUUACCUCUUUACUGAGAAUAAAGUUGGGUCGCAGAGUGGAAAAGGUUACGAAUCCCCGGAAACUUUAGACAGUUUUUCUCUUUGUUUGCCGUGUGUAGUUUAGACGUAAAGUCAAGGGCGCAGAACUUGUGACACAUGUUGAUCCAGACAGUACCACACCCCCUCUCCCAUCCUCAUAUCCACGCUGCUGAACAAAGUGGAGCAAAGUGGGCCACGGGCAUUUCAGUGGGCUUGCUGCUGAUGGAUGUUUGGCCCCUGAGCUGAGCGCGUUUGGUAGAGCUGUUUGGAGCAUGUUGUCUGAGGAGGAGAACGAGAUGCGCAGAAAUACAGGGGACACCCGGAACACUGGUCCCUCUAAUCGGCUGAGGACAGAUCACACACAAGCCAGACAGGGGCCACUGUCAUCUAUAAAAGCUGUGAUAAAACGCACCAAACCGAGCUCUCAGAGCGAGCACCGCAGAGGUAAUCAUAGAAGGCGUCCAGAGAUCACCAUCCUCUCAGCAGAACCUCUGGACUGCAGUGGGGUGAGUCCAGGAAAUCCUCUGGUCUUCUCUGCCCCUCACACCCCUCCUCCUCAGGUCCCAAGGCAAAAGACCCAGGAAGUCCCUGUUAAACCUGUAGCACCCCCUCGUCACCUGACCUGCAAAACUACUACUACUGCUGCUGCUACCGCUGCUACCGAAACUGCUGGUAAAAAACCCCUCAAACCACCACGACCAUCUGCUCCAAAGAACAAAACAUCAUCCACUGCCACAGAUGGACCCACUAAUGUGAAUUUAACAUUUUCAAGUUCCCAUAGCAACCCAGAUUCAGGCUGUAACGCAACUGGACAGACAAACUACACCAGAUCUGUCACUGUUCAUUGGAAUAACACAAGCAGCACAGAGACUAGUUCUGAUACUACAACUGCAUUUACUGCUACUACUACUACUACUGCUACUACUACUUCCAGUUCUAUCCAGUAUCCUGUCCCACUUCCUCGCAUCAAAUCCAAAAGGCUGCUUAUUCUACCAGCGGAACCCCAAACUUUGGUCGAGUUAAGUGAAAAUUCUGACCCUUCAAACUGCAUAGCGGACAGAGCCUCUUCCAAUAAGUACCUAGAAGAAUUACUGGAAGUCUUUAAAGAAGAAAACCUUGCUAAUUUUAACCAAUCUAGUGCCGAAACAGAAUAUGUGGACGAGAUGAGCGCUGCAAAUAGUCUUCGUGCUAGAAUACAGGCAUUUGAAAACCAAGCCGAAGAGGCUUCCCUGCCUAUAAAGCCGCAACCAGUGGCGAGGAAAACAAGACCCCCGGUAGCAGCUAAACCUUCUGUAAAACCACAAUUUAGCGCUGACGACAUCUACGAGAAUGUCUCAUCUUCACCCCCAACUCCGGCUCCCAAAUCCGCCAAGAAACCACUGGGCAAAACAAAUUCUGUAAAGGAGGAGUUGGAUGCAGUAUUGGCACAGCAUAGGUCUAAGCCACCGAAGUUGACGAGGGAGGAUUGUAUUUACGAUGAUGAUUUUGCCAAAGGGCCCUCUACACCACCGGUUAAGCCAACUAAAGAGCCACUCAGACCCAAUCUGAAUAUAAACAACCACAACAACUACACAGCACAGCCACUGUACGACAGCACGGAUAAUGUAGCAGCGACCACAGUGAGUAGUGACGAACCAUUCAGUGAGUACGAGUAUAUGGACAGACAAUCAAUAGCUUCAGAAAGUGCAUAUGAGUUUGAAGACACAUACACAUUUGAGGACGAUACAUCACAAACUCCUGAAACUACAAACAGCCACUAUGAAUAUGUGGAAUAUUCGCGAAAUAAUGAUACUGCUGUCAAGCCAAAGCCACAGAUGGAUAACUAUGCAGGCUCUAGACAAAGUAUGACCCGGAGACCGACCACUAUCAUCGUUCCCAGGAAAAGUGGGUCAUUUUCAGAUGGUUUUCAGGACAGCCCCCCUGCCCUCCCAGUCCAGAAGCCCGUGGGAGCUCUCAAAGCACCACCAGUCAACAGACAUUCAAUCACCUCUUUUCCAUCUCAGGUGUCCCAAAGUCCUGCACCAGAGCCAACACUACCACCACGGAGGCUCACCACCAGUAAAACCCUGCCCCCUCGGCCCCCCAUGGUGAGGUCCGGUUCAGGCAGACCUCCUGCUCCACGUAUGGAAGCUGCAGGUCGCUCCCUCUCCUCUCCCUGGGACGCUCCACCUAAACCACAGAAGCCCCAAAAGAGAGACCCACUACUGCCCCCUAGGCCUAAUCCAGGGCACUGCCUCUACAACAAAUACACUCUUCAUGUACCACACGGAGUUGCAUCCACUGACUACGAUGGCCGCAGAACUGGCGAGCUCUCAUUUCAGAAAAAUGAAGUCCUCGUGCUGCUAAAUCCAAUAGACUCCAGUACGUAUGAGUGUCAAGUGGGAGACCGGAGAGGAAGGGUGCAUAGGUCUUGUAUGAAGGUCAUCACUCCAGUGUCAGCCUCAGAUCUCUCAGAAACACAGGGUGGUAUGCAAACAGCAUCAGGCAAUGGAUUAACAGUGGAGGCUCUAUUUGAUUUCAAUCCAGAGAAUCCCGAUGAGCUGGAUUUAAGAGCAGGAGAUGUGGUGACUAUGGUGGAGCAGGUGGACAGUGAAUGGUACAAAGGGACCUGCAGAGGCUCCACAGGAUUCUUCCCCAUCAACUAUGCCAAAAUCCUGGAAAACUCACCACGACUCCCCGAAAGAAAUGGCAGGAAGCCUUCUUCAAAUGUUAGUGGUCCAAGGUGCGUGGCCAGGUUUGACUUUGAGGGCGAGCACAGUGACGAGCUGAGCUUCUCUGAGGGGGACGUGAUCCAGCUCAAGUCCUACGUGGGACAGGACUGGGCCCGGGGGCAGUUAGGGGACUUCAGCGGCAUCUUCCCCCUCAACUUUGUGGAGAUCAUCCAAGACCUGCCACCAGCACCCAGCCCACAGCCCACAAAGCCCAACAAGAUCGCACUGCCUGGCAUGGUUAAAACUACACAAAAUCAAGUGACCCCACCAGCUCAGUCUCCUCGGUCUGGAUCGGAGUGGGUAGUUGCUCUGUAUGAUUUCUCUGGGAACACAGAGGGAGAUCUGUCCUUUCAGGCUGGAGACCGCAUCUUCGUCACUCAUCACCUCGAUGAAGAGUGGAGCAACGGAAGACUCAAUGGGAAAGAGGGCAUAUUCCCAUGGGCAUUUGUCUCCAACAGCAGGGAAGACUUGGCUGACUAGUCAUCAGAAGAGGGCAGCAGUGAGCAGUGGUGCCAGUGCACUGUUUUAACUUUGCUCCUUCAAAGACGGCUCCUCAUCGCAGUCAGAUGCAAAGUAUUUUGUCAUUGGUUGAAAUAAACAAAACUGACUCCUGUGAGCUUUUAGUCAUGUUAUAAUGUUACCUUCUCAUAAACAUACCUGGAGUUGUUUUGUUUCAUCCUGUGUUACUAGGCUGUCUACAUCUCCAAAGCUCAAAAUGCUCUGUUCCACCUUGUGAUGUCAUCAAAUGGUAGUUAACAGCUAUUUUUAUUCUCAAUCAAUCUACAGUACGUUGGAAUAAGUUGGUGCCUUUUUAAAUCUUUUUUUUCCCCUUCUUUCUUCAGCUGAAAUUGUCACAGAAAGUCCACAUCUCUAUCUUAUGAUGCAUCAAAAAUCAAAGAAGUUAUAGGCUUACAGGCAGAAAUUAUUCAUUAAUUAUGAUUCUAAUGAAAGGUGUAGAGUUUGAAAAUACAGUACAGUGCUUGCUGUAUUAACAUUAUUAUUGACAUCGCAAGGUGGAACAGAGUGUUUUCAGUUUGAGAGAUGGAAAAACUCUCCCGUCCCCCAUCUGGGAGUACGGCAUCAUCACCAAUUGUGUUGCCUAGCGUAAUUAAGGAGGCAAUGGCUGUAAAAGAAAAGUACUUAUUCUCUGGUUUUAGUUAUGAUUAUUUUUUACUUAACUAUGACAUAAUAUGAUCCUCAUCAGAAUUCAUAUAAUGUUUAGUUUUACACUUAAAAGGGAUGAGACCAUCACCAUCAUCUGGCCCUUUUUGUUAUCUGAACUGUACCGCAUAUGAUCAUCUUUUCAAAAUAUUUUGCCUCAUUAACCCCCUCUGGCUCAUACAUUUUAAAUUUUAUAUACAUAACAUAAGAUUGCCAAUACUAUUUAUGGUCAGUUUUUGUUAAAAAAAAAUGUAUUGUCAUAGACCUGUUCCAAUGAGAGUUUAUUUAUGUCAAACCAUCUUUUAAUUUUUUUAUAGUCUACUGUUUCUACUGUGACAAGGAGUUGUUUAAUUUCCUUUCCAGAACAAAAAAUGUUGGUAUCAUCAGCAAAUAAAAUGAGGUGGAGAUUGAUUAUGCUGACAAUGUAAUUUAUAUAUAAUAAAAAUAUUUUGGUCCCAA